GCUGGGGGCGUGGUUAGCGGAUGUAGCCGCUGAGGCUGCGGGCGGAGAGAAGCGGUGAGAAACAGUGCGGCAGACUGAGGACGACCUCCUCAAUAACAGUUGUUGUUUUCGUUUUGUCAAGAUAGACGGACACUCAUCACUGCACGCACCGAAAUUGGCUGAGAACUGUGUGCUGCCCUGUUGGAAAGAUCACCGAACCUGAGCCAGGUUCACUUCCUCUUCUUCUCCUUGAUCCCAUUCAGAGACCAUAGGUGAACAGCUUUCUGAAGCAGCGGUGGAGCUACGCAUAAACAGGGGCACAUCACAUGGGAGUGUGUGAACGCGCGCGUGAGGGUGUGUGUUCAGGCGCCCCGCUGUCGCCCGCUCGUCCCAGACAGGCAUGGCGGGGGGCAGAGAGCGCGGCUCCCGGACACAGAGGCCGUGGUCGGUGUACCGGGCCAACACAUUCGAGCUGUCUGACGAGAUGAUCGGCCUGGCACUAGCAGGAAAUAGUCAGGACCCAGAUGCACCUGUCCUGGAGUUCAGUGUGGCCUGCACAGACCUGGUGACUCCUGCUUUGGAUCGAAAACCCAACAGCUUUGUAGCGGUGAGCUGCACAACGCCACCGCAGGCCUUCUGGACCAAACAUGCCCAGACUGAGAUCAUAGAGGGAACCAGUAACCCCAUCUUCCUCAGUAGCGUUGCCUUCUUCCAGGAGUCCAACUUCAACCAGCAGACGCAGGUGAAACUGUCCGUCUACGACGUCAAGGACCGGUCGCAGGGCACGAUGUACAUGUUGGGCUCAGCACUUUUUCCUGUAAAGGAGUUGUUGCAGGAGAAGAGCCACAGAUUACAGCUGGAACUGAGAUCCGCAGAGAACGAGCGGGUGGGGAACAUCACCAUAGCGGCGUGGCAGAUGGAGGACAGAGCAGACCAGAGGAUGCCGGUCAGCCGCCUGCCGGACAGCAUCAAUGGCCGGACGAUGCUGCCUGUUGACGAGAGCCUCACGGAGUCGAUGGGAGUACGAAUCAAAUACGCCUCGCUAUGCAAAGACACCCUGCUGCGCUCAGUGUUCGGAGGCACAAUGUCCAGAAUGUACCGCUUCCCCACGACUGACGGGAACCACCUUCGUGUGCUGGAGCAGAUGGCUGAGAGUGUCCUGUCGCUCAACAUUCCCAGACAGUUUGUCAAACUGCUGCUGGAGGAGGACGCGGCCAGGGUCUGUGAGCUGGAGGAGCUGGGAGAGUUGUCCCCCUGCUGGGAGAAUCUGCGGCGACAGAUCGUCUCCCAGUACCAAACCAUAAUACUCGCAUACCAGGAAACACUGUCUGACCUCAAUGACUACAGAGGUCCGUCAUUCAAAGCCAGUAACCUGAAGGCAGAGAGGAAGCUGGAGUUCAUGCCAACCAACCUACAUGUUCAGAGGAUGAGGGUGCAGGACGAGCUUGGUUUCGAACACACGUAUGAUGUGAUAACAAUUGGCGCUCCAGCCGCUCACUGCCAGGGUUUUAAAAACAACGGUCUGAGGAAACUCAUCCAGAAGUUUGAGGAGGCAAAGAAACACGUAUAUGAGGAGGGAUGCAGUGCCCUCUCCAGCUCGCAGUCCAUCGUCUACAUACCCCAGGAUAUCGUCCGUGCCAAAGAGAUCAUUGCACACAUCAACACGCUGAAAACUCAGGUCAGCUACUACGCCGAGAGGCUCUCCCGGGCCGCCAAGGACCGAUCGGCCAGCGGACUGGAGCGGACGCUCGCUAUUCUGGCUGAUAAGACUCGUCAGCUGGUCACAGUGUGCGACUGCAAGCUGCUGGCUUCAGCUAUCCAGGCCCUGAACGCAGCGCGGCCCGAGUACAUUGCCUCCAAAGCGUCUCCAUCCGCCGACUCAGAGCAAGUAGUCCUGCGUAACGACCAGGACACGCUGCUCGCCAAGUGGAGCGGGCGCAAUAGCCGCUCCUCGCUACAUGUAGACUGGCAUGAAGAGGAAUGGGAGAAAGUUUGGGUAAAUGUGGAUAAAUCGCUUGAGUGCAUCAUCCAGCGUGUUGACAAGCUGCUUCAGAAGGAGAGGAGGCCCAGUGAUGCCAGUCAGGACAGCACCCAGAGCGACCUGCGGGGCAGCAUCAGUAAGAAAGACCGUGACGGAAAGAGACGAGCUUUCUGGAUAAACCCAGGAAAUGUGUCGCAGAACUCUCCAUCAUUACCAUCAUCAUCAUCAUCAUCACCCCCACCUCCACAUUCAUCAUCACCUCCACCACCAUGCUCUACCUCUCUGCCUGCCCUCUCCUCUGCACUUCCUCCCUGCCCUGAACAGGAGUCCUAUGGAAGCCCCAGUGCUGAGGAGUCGUACCAAGGCGAGUGGAGUGAGGCGCUCUACCCUCUCCUCACCACGCUCACAGAGUGUGUCGCCAUGAUGAGCGACAAGGCCAAGAAGUCCAUGGUCUUCCUGCUGAUGCAGGACAGCGCCCCGACGAUAGCCAUGGACCUGUCGCUGCAGUACCGCCGCGAUGUUGUUUUCUGCCAGACGCUCACCGCUCUCAUCUGCGGCUUCAUCAUCAAACUGAGGAACUGUCUCCGAGACAACGGAUUCCUCCGACAGCUCUACACCAUCGGCCUCCUCGCUCAGUUUGAGUCGCUACUCAGCACCUACGGAGAGGAGCUGGCCAUGUUGGAGGACAUGAGCGUCGGCAUCAUGGAUCUGCGUAACGUCACAUUCAAGGUGACUCAGGCCACCGGCAGCUCGGUGCCCGACAUGCUGCCAAUCAUCACCGGGAACCGGGACGGUUUCAAUGUCCGCAUCCCGCUGCCGGGAACCAUGUUCGACGCUCUGCCGCGGGAGAUCCAGAGUGGCAUGCUGCUGAGGGUGCAGCCAGUGCACUUCAACGUCGGCAUCAACGAGCAACAGACGCUGGCAGAGAAGUUUGGAGACACAUCCCUGCAGGAGAUCAUAAACCUGGAGAGUCUGUCCAGGUUAAAUUCAUACUACGAACAGUUCAAAGAAGUCCUGCCCGAGGACUGCCUCCCGAGGUCUCGUUCUCAGACUUGUCUCCCCGAGCUGCUGCGGUUUCUGGGGCAGAAUGUCCACGCCAGGAAAAACAAGAACGUGGACGUCCUCUGGCAGGCUGCCGAGAUUUGUCGCCGGCUGAACGGCGUUCGUUUCACCAGCUGCAAGAGUGCCAAAGACCGCACAGCCAUGUCGGUGACCCUGGAGCAGUGCCUGAUCAUGCAGCACGAGCACGGCAUGGCGCCGCAGGUCUUCACGCAGGCUCUCGACUGCAUGCGCAGCAUUGGGACGAGGGAGGGGGUGAUCCAGAAGAAUCUGAGCGGCUUGCUGCCGGUGCGCGACUUCCGGCUGGACCCCAGCCUCCUGUACUCGCUGCCCUUGCUGGCCCUCAGCCCCAACCUGCUGGUGGUGUGGAUCUUCCUCAGCGUGGCCUAUUUCCUGGCAAAACUCCGCUGCAGCUGAACGGCCACAGCUAGCUGACCACCCAAAAGCAAAACGUAACGCACGUCCAACGUUAAUGAGGAUGGUUAUGGUAUACUCCACACUUGACUCCCGAGGGAGUUUACAAAAACAGUGCCACUGUCCUGUGAGUGUGUAAUUCAUGCACAUCAAUACUGUGCAAUAUGUACACACUGUCCCACCUUGACUAAGGGCUUGACGCAAGUUAUCCCCCAUCGAGGGCCACGCCCUGCCCUUUUUUUUUAAUUUUGUUUGUUUUCUGUAAACCUUUUUUUUAAAAUUCCAAACAUGGUUUGGCGAGGCUGUAAGGCGUAUAGAUAUAAUGAUUUACUUUGUGCAGCUCAAAACUUUCCAUAAACAUGUCAUCGAGACUAUGUCCACACUAAGCUGGCUAAACGUAAAAACUUAACAGGAAAUCUGUAAAAUCGUCAUUCUCCUACUGCUCAUAUCACUUCCUCUGUAUUUUAAUACAGUUGAAACAAGCAUGGAGUCGGUUUGUUUUCAUAUUUUUAUCCUCCUCCGUCAGUGGUGGAAAGUAACAUACUGAAUUUUUUUUUGUUGUAAGUUUCUUAGUAGCUUAAGUUUAAGUAAUUUAAGAUUAAUACGUUUAUCUCAUCAAUCAAAUCCCUCUUUUAUGAUUCCAAAGCUUCGUGACGAAAUAUAAGUGAAAAACAGGAUAAGAUUGUAUUCCUUAAGAUUUCAUGUCUUGUGAAACGACUGUGGCUCAAACAAUAUCUUCUCAACUCUACUGGGGACCGAGCAGGCAAAGAGUACAUCACAUUUUUUUUUUCAAAAACAUAUUUAUUCCCAUUUACAAAAACCUCAAGUUUGCGUAUUUUUGUUGUUGUUAUGGAUGCAUACGCUGUUCAAGAAAGACAGAGAUACGACCCUAACCCUUACCAGAUUCUGCCAGCUUAGUGUGAACAUAGUCUGAGUCGUUAAGUGUGAAUAAUCUCAGAUAUGAAGUAACACUGUGGCCGAGCUAAUAGCUGGACUUGCACAUCCCGCCAGCCGUCAUUAUGCGUCUGCUAGUGAACACAGACCAACCGUUUCAGACAUGAAAAACAGUCUGGAUGAUCGUAACAGACAGUGUCCAGGAUCCCUGGAAAGACGUCAGGCCUUGGGAAGACUUCACUGAAGACUGAUCUUCACUGACGUUUGCAGAUCCUCCUAUUUGUUGUUGCACAGCGCCCUCUAAAGAACAGAUGUGAGAAGUCCACCAUACAUGAUCUCUUUGGCCGUCAGCGAGUGCUCUGCCUUAUUCUCCAUCGUUGUAACAUGAAACGCUCAAAACAGAGAAAAGCAAAGUGACAGUGUGUAUAUCCGAAAGUAAGGCCGGAAAUUACCUCAGAGUUGUGAAUAUGUUUGGAAAAAAUAAGCAGAGUAUACAUAUAUUUAUUGAGUUAUUGUUGAUAGUAGCUAUGCUGAUGAAAAUGAUGUCUAUUAUAUGAUUUAAGCUUUGCACAAACAGCUGGCUAAUUUCAUUUCUGCAAUACAUUUAGCUUGUUUGACAUAUCUUUGUCUUCCAUGUGUAUGUGCACUUACCAUGCAAGCUAAAAACGGAGGAAACAGGAGAUAUUAUUUGAUAUAUCUCGGUAUAUCUCUAUUCUGCAGUAUUAGCUCAUUGUAUUUCUUUAGGUCUUCCUGGUUUUCUAGACAGUCGAAGGCGUUUCUUUGCUUCCACUUCAGCCAGCAGAUUUGGGUCCGUUAUUACUCGUCACUAAUUUAUUUUGGCAAAAAAUAUUCCAGCUCAAGCCUUUAUUUUGGAACGCAGUGUCAGGAACGGAAGGAUCAUUUUUUAAAUAUUUAACAAUCUAGGUAAUUGUCAACUGACUUUAUAUGAGUUAUUUAAGUUGUAGCAGAAACAGACAAAUUCCCCUCUUCAGCUCUAUAUCUUCAUUCACUGUAGUCAUUUCAAGUCAAAUAUUAGUGUGCCCGGGAAAAAAACGUUAUUUGUGUGAACCUGCAUGUUCAGAUUAAUAUGUAAGUAUGUAAGAAAGAAUACUAUUUGACCUCCUCAUGGGAAGUCGGCAAGAAAAAAAGACAGUGAAUCCAAUGAAAAAAGAAGGUUCCCACAAUCGAGGAAAAAGCGUCACAGGACAAACAAGUAUUUUACAUUGUCCGUAAAAUUAAUUCACAAGUCUAUAUCUGUGAUAACUUGAUUUGUACACUUUAAUAGUUUUGCUUUUAGAAGUUCACAAGUUUAAAGUGAGUCAUCACAUGUUUCGAACGUACGACUAAAUAUGCACGUGGGCUGUUUCGGCCUGUGCUGUUGUUUAUGGGUUCGGUUUCUUUUGUGAAUGCAGUGGCAUGUUUUAAUGUAUAUACGCACUUUAAUUGGCCAGUUUGCCUCAUCGGAUUCAGGGAACCAGUAAUUCGACCCACAUCUUCUCUUCCGCUUUCAUGCUAAUUCCGGGAAGAUUAGCUCUGUAUUGACAAAGUUGAAUGUUUGUGUUUUUUUUCAGGAGGCAGUUUGUGAUUGGCUCACGUUUGGAAUGUAAUGGCAGUAAGAUAAUAGGGCGGAUGUGUUUGAUUUAUGGAGUGUAGUACUGUUCCUACACCCUUUAGAGCAUUUAUCUGUACCCGAUUACAUCCAUCAAGAUUUUGACUUUGUCUGUUGUAACUACAGUCAUACACAAAUCAAAAAACGGGUACGUAUUUCAGCUAUUACAGUUAAAAUUAGCUUUACAGAAUUGAGUUGUGUAACACAUUUUAUGAGAUUGAUGAUGUGAGUCGGUCACUUUGUUCGUAGUUGAGCUAUAAGAUGAGUGAAUGAGGAAUGUAUUGCUGUUUGUGCCAAAUGCUUCAGUCAGGUUUUUAUCGGGUGAAUUCAGCAUUUGUGAGUUAAAAUACAUGACAUGUAAUUAUCUGAAUCCAGUCCACUUCCAGAUUAGUUUGUGCUUCCUAGGAAUUAAUGAAAAAUUUAAACGUUUUGUCCAUAGAAUACCCAUAAACAGUAAAAGAAAUAUUAUUCCCCUGAGUCUCCGUCUCAUUAAGAUCGACCCAGUAAGGAAAUGGAUCAGACCAAAAAUAACCUCCUUUGGGAGUUUACCAUGCUCUGGAUGACUCCUAAGACCUCAGACUUUCCAGUGAACAGAAUAGCAACAAUUAAUGUAUUUACAAAGCUAACAGGUUUACUGGCUGCAGCGUCUGAUUGAGCUCUCAAAUAUGGACAUAUUAAUAUUUGUCACGGCGACGAAACAAAGAAACUUAUUUCCCAACCUGUCACACCAUUCGUUUUUUAAAGUAGUAGUAUAUAUGUGCCGACACUUUUUUAGAGCUACCUCUGUGAGAGAAAAGUUACAGCAUGCAGAAUGUUGUUUAAUUUAAAAUAUGUAUCCAUCUAAUAAAUAUGCAUAAUCAUAUUGAGCAGCAGGGAUGCGAGGAAAGGGUGGUUGUUUUAUAAGGCCCCGUGAGAUAUUAUUGUCAAUAGCUGAUACACUUCUGAAUAAUUACCCAUAAUUAUGUGUAAUUAUACUGAAGUGCUUCCUAAACUUUUCCAAUUGUUUUUUUUUAUUCUUACAAAUCCAAAUGUAUCAGAAUAUAUUUGUACCGCUGUACAUAAAUUGUAUUCAAAUGCUUAUAUUGCUAAAUGCUAACGUUUGCAACAAAUGUUUGUGUGUGUAUGUAUAUAUAUAUAUAUAUAUAUAUAUAUAAAAUAUGUGAUUACUAUGUUUGUGCCAUAUGGAUCAUACUUUCGUCACUUUAUAUCACAGCUAAAUAUGUCUGUGUAAUUACUUUCAUAUGCAUAUGUAUAUGUCUUUGUUCAUCACGAGUAUUAACUGUUAAUUUAAUAACUUCUCAUACUUAACUGUUUACAUACUAACAGUUUGCAUGCACUUUCAAACUGCUGAACCGUCCUGUUAGAACUGAAAUGUUUUGUGAAAAGAUCAUUUGUAACAUGAAAAUGUAUUAUCUUAACAUCCAACCGCAAACUGUUAUGUUAAAAGGAAGUUAUUACAUUAACAAUUAUCACUUUCCCUUUAGUUCUGAUCAUUUUUUAAACAUUUAGAUUGUUUUGUUCACUCCUAUGAAUUAAAGUUAGCAGUUUAAUAUCAAAAGCUUUUAGCCUCCUCGCUGUGCCCCACGCUACACGUUGCACUAGAUGUACCACAAACCCAAGAUGACCUCCAGUCAGCCACUGUCAUCCCCUAAUAAAUGUUUUCUGCCUCCACCUGCAGAACAAAAACA